UGUGGGUUUUGCUAAGCAAACAUACCUGAGGCACGUCUCUAAAACAGAAUGUCAAAGCGAAACAAGAGUCAGUUAGUUCAUUGUAACGUAUGCGACACACACACACACACGUGCAAAACUCCGCCACAUUCAUCUAUGUGGUAGAUUUGAGUUCAGCUACAGAUUUUUUUCACUUUUUUUAAAUUGCUCGUGUUGAACAAACCUUAAUCAGGUUCCUUUUGACCUACAGAGAAAGCAGAUGGAUUAUACCAAGCUCACACUUUUUAUCUUCAUAUGGAUUUUUUUCCCAACCUGAUGAUCAGAAGAGUGUUUGAGGAUUCAAGACUUUCUUAAGAACAGCAGUAAAAACCAGAAAAAUAUCACAGCUGCAUCUGGACAGAAUGUUACUCUGACAUGUCGAGCUUCAAACAACAACAUCAUGGUUGUAGAGUGGAGCAGAGCUGACCUUAGAGAUGAAUACGUGUUUGUUUACCGAGAUGGCCGAUUUGAACCAGAUGACCAGCAUCCAUCUUUUAAGAACCGGGUGGAUCUGCAGGACAGACAGAUGAAGGAUGGAGACGUGUCUUUGAUUCUGAAGGACGUGACGAUUAAUGAUGCUGGAACAUACGAGUGUCGUGUCUUCCAGGAAGUAGAAGGACCUAUGACUCUAAUCAACAGCACCAACCUGGUCGUUGAUCCUCCAGGAAAACAAGGAGGACACACAGAGGAUGGAUCUGUUGAACUGAAAAUUGGUCUGUCAGUUUCUGCUGUGCUUCUUGUUGCUGCUAUUGUUGGAUUAUUGAUCUACAGAAAACAUAAACAAAAGCAGAGUCAGGAUUCAUACCAGCCUCCUGUUGAAUUGCAGGUUGUUUGAAAUGUCUCAGUUUUUCUCCUGCUGCUGUUCAAACUCCGUGUUGUCAGUGAACAAUCAGGUACAGACAGAUGAUCUGAUCAUCCAGCAGACAGACAUCAAACAUGUCCAGACUGUGUUAGUGUGUCUCUGUGCUGUCUGUCAGAGACUCUGUGAACUACUAGUGUUUGUUCAUCUUCACUGCUCAUCUUAUUGGUACUUUUCUGUAGCAUAUUUUUUUCAUAUUUAUAUCCUGUAUUUUCAAACCCCCAAAAAUCUCAAAUGUUGAUAGAGAUAAAAAAAAUAAAAUAAAAUUCAGCCUGUAAACACAAAAUAUUCAGUUUGUGAGUUCCUUUAUAUAGCUCAUAUUAAAACAAAUUCAAGUCUCACAGAGAUGAAAAAACCUGCAGUGUAUACUGUGAGGGUAGUUCAACACAAUCAGUCUUUAGCUGGCUUGACAAACCUACAUUAAAACUCCAGCUGCAGAUAACUGGUAUCAGAAAGCUGGUUAUCGAUCUCUGUUCAGCUGGGCUUUCUGCUCAGACUCUUGUCUGCACUCACACUGAAAGGAGUGUUUUGCAAGUCAUGUGACCCUUUUUCCACACAAUCACAGUUGUUAUCAGAUGGUGAUGAGAAAUAUUUUAACCACUGAGCACACUCUCAGUGCUGGUGUUUAUUUCUAAGGUGACAGCUGCACAUUAGUGCUGUGGAUCUUUACACUGGAUCCCUUUAAACAUUAAACUUUAUGUCCCACAGCCUGAUAACAGAGAUGUGUGAAUCACUUCAGUUUGUCUCAGAUCAAAGUGAAAUUAGUUUUAUUGAUUGAACAGCUUUACCUGGUGUUUGUUCUGUGUUCUAGUAACUGCAAUUUUUCUGUAUAUGAGACUUGACAGCAGAUUAGAAUCAAGUACAAGAAUAUUUCUACAUUCUCCAAAUAACAUAAGCACAUGUCCAUAACAUUAAGACCCACAGCUGGAGCUUUGUUUAGUGG